AUGAAACCAAGAUCUGCUGAUGUGCUGGCACAACUGCCUAGCCUUGAGUCUAUCAGGUCCUCUCUGUACCGAGCUAGACACGAAGACACUCCCAUCCUUCCGACCCUCAGAAGAGAUGUCAGCCUCUCUACCAGAUUCUCAAACACUCGAAGUGGGGAAGACUUCCUCCUGGUUGACGAUGACAAGAUCAUGAUCUUUGCCACUGAAGAAAACCUCAGACUCCUGUCUGAUGCAGAGGCCUUUUACAUUGAUGGCACAUUCUCAACAUGCCCUUCACUGUUCUACCAGGUGUUUACAAUCCAUAUUCUGCUCUAUGGCCAUACAUUUCCAAUGGUAUAUUGCCUUUUGCCUAACAAACAGAGACAGACAUAUAACAGAGUGUUCAUGCUACUCAAAGAUGCUGCUCUAGUUAAAGUUCCCGGUAUCAGUUUUGAUGUGAGUGAUUUUGAGCUGGCCAUGGUUCAGGCUUCUACAAUGAGCUUUCCGAACUCAUAUCAUCGUGGCUGUUAUUAUCACUUCAUGCAAGCGAUUUGGAGAAAGGUUCAAGCCCUGGGGCUAUAGCCACAGAAUACCGUCGCCCCAAUGGGGAGUUGAAGGAAUUCGUACAAUUGAUGGCAUCUGUGGCAUUUUGUCCACUGACAUUAUUUUGUUAGAACAGCCUGGCUUUCCAUCCAACAGGAUGCUCCGAACAUCCCAAGAGUUGACGAGCUAGUGGAUUAUUUCACUACCACCUGGAUCAAUGGAAACUUUCCACCAAUUCACUGGAACUACUUCAAUCAACAUCAGCCUAGAACCAACAACCAUGUUGAGGGAUGGCAUUCUAGAAUGAAAAAAGUUAUAGGCAACCCUCACCCAAACAUCUUCAAAUGGAUUGAACACAUGCAGAGAGAGGAGGCAGUGACCAAAGCAAAGAUUCAGAGCUACAUGUCUGGAGCUACUGCU